AUGCUGAAACCCAGUAACCUGCUGAAACCGGCCGCUCAGCUUUCAUGGAGAAACAUGAGUGCAGAGCAGGAUCUUCCCAAACUGCCCGUCCCCCCUCUGAAGCAGACCUGUGAGCUCUACCGGAACCUUCUGCAGCUCGUCCUGGAGCCCCACGAGUUUCAGAGAACUGAACACCUGCUUGAGGACUUUCAGAAACCUGGAGGGGUUGGAGAGAGGCUGCAGAGAGGUCUGCAGGAGAAAGCCCAGAGGAUGGAGAACUGGCUAACUGACGACUAUGUCAGGGUAGAAUACCUGAGCAAACGGAAACCAUUACCUGUUUUUUCCAACGUAGCUGGGAUUUUUCCCAGACGGGACCACGUGGACAAACAUGGACAGAUCAGGUGUGCUGCUGAUAUGGUCUUGGCCAUUUUAGACUUUAAAGCAAAGGCUGAAACUGACACUCUUCCUGUCACCUACCUACAAGGAAUUCCACUGUGUAUGUCCCAACACAAGCAGCUGAUCUCCUCCAACAGAAUGCCUCAUCCUGACAUCGAUUCUCUGGUGUUUUUUGCCAAAACUUCCAACCCGCCUGUACACAUGAGCGUGGUUCACAACGGCCAGUUUUUUGUGAUGGAUGUUUACCAUGGUGACGGGACUCAGCUGAGUAAAGACGAACUCUGCAUUCAGCUGGAGAGAAUCUACAACUCAUCACCGCAGCCCAACCCUGAACCCGUGGGCAUCCUGACGACCCAACGCAGAGAUGUCUGGAAGAAAAUCUAUGACGACUUCAUCAAGGAUGAAACCAACCAACAGUCGGUCCUUGCCAUCCAAAGCAGCAUCUGUACCAUCUGUCUGGAUGGACCGAUGCCCCCAGUGGCCAACAACAGUUACCGCAGCAAAGGAAUUAUACAGCUCCUGCAUGGAGGAGGGAGCAGCUGGAACAGCGCCAACCGCUGGUUUGACAAGGGGAUGCAGUUCGUCAUUGGAGAGGAUGGAGCCUGUGGAGGUCAUAACUCUCACGCUGUGGCUGAUGGAAUCGUCUGUUUGGACAUCAUCGACUUAAUGAUCCCACACAUGAACCAACAAAAGCCACAAACAAUCGCAUCUCCAGAAGAUUUGCCUCUGCCCCAGAAACUUAAGUUCAACAUUACAAUGGAGAUCAAGAAGGACAUCGAGGAGGCCAAGCAGCACAUGGACAUACUGGUCAGAGGUCUGGACCUGGUGGACAAGGAUUUUGAGCACUUUGGUAAAAGGGAGCUGAAGUCUUUUAAGAUGAGCCCUGAUGGUCUGGUGCAGAUGGCGCUACAGCUGGCAUACUUCAGGACGCACCGCCGACUCGGUCUCUCGCUGGAACCCGUUACCCUGCGAAUGUUCAGAAGGGGGCGUUUGGGACUCGUCAAUUCAACCACGACUGCAUCGGCUGCCUUUGUCAGAGCAUUUGAUGACCCUAAAAUCCAGAACUCUCAAAAAGUCAACCUUCUGGUGAAAGCACUAAAGAGUCAUAGAUGGAACAUUAAUAUGGGAGUCGCUGGACAGGCGAUAGAUGGUCACCUCUUUGGUCUGAAGAUGCAAGCUAUUGAAGAAAACAUCCCAGUUCCUGAAAUCUUCACAGACGCUUCCUUUGAUAAGGCCUUCAACUUCCAAAUGUUUACUAGUCAGGUCACAGCUAAAUCCAAAUGUCUUCCCAUCGUCGGCCCUGAGGAACCUGGAAUCUACAACAUGUCCUACGGGAUCAUGGACGAUCACAUCGAGUUUGUGGUGUCCCGCUUUGAGUAUUGUGAGAGCAGCAGAGAGAGGACCUCAGCAGAGAUGAUCCAGGCUGUGGAGGAGGCUUUGUUGGAUGUCAGGACUCUCUUGGAACAAACUCAGAAAGCCCAACUGAAAAUCUAAUCCAGCACAGAUAGUUCUAGAGCUCAUGGACGACUCGCUGAUGAGACAGACAACAGUAGAAGUACACCUGUAACACAUGGAGACGAGCAGAGAAGCAGGAGGUCUGAGGUUUUAUGCAGAUAUGAUUAGUGUGGUUCCAUGGACAUUCAUCCGUCUGGUUCUAGUGUAGACCGGGUUGAGGAUCUGUUGUUCCAUACACACAGAAACCUGGUUAUUCAUAUCCUGAUAAACAUCAGCAGCCCUCCCUGAUUACUAUCAUGUCUGUUUUUAUCCACACAAACGUCCUCAAAUGAAAGCUAAGAAAAAGGAGCCAGCUGAUGGAGCCAGCCUGCAGCUGUUAAAGUCCUUUUUCCUCCAUUUAAAUACGAAUGUUUCAGUCUUACUGACGCUGAGUCGAUCCAUUUAAGCUCAGUUUCCCUCGCCUGCUUCAUCAUCAUUUUCAUUUAGUAUGAAAAACGGUGUUACGCUUGUAUUUGUGUUAAAAUAGUGAGAGCUGCUUGAUGGUUGUCAAAGAUGUAAUGAUGUCAAACUGGACUGAACAGAGUAGAGGGUUUAAACGGAGCAGG